AUGUCGCCUCUUUUCACUUGGGUGUCGAGGUGCGCACCGGGCUUGGGGAUGCUGUUUCUCAUGGCACUCGCCUACUAUGCGAUAAGUAGAGAAGCAGCCGCUGCGGGUUUUUUUGGCCAGAAAGACUCGUUGAGCCCGCCAGGACACGACAGCACCUCCAGCUCCGCAGAAGGAGGCGGCAUCUUUACCGUCAUCUUCGCCUACUAUUGCCUCCUGAUCCACGUCCUGGUCUCGUCCUUCCCGCUACGAUCUUGCUGGUCUAUAUUCGACAUUACGCGAUGCUUAGAGAGGACCGCGCGGAGCAAGUCGCUUAGGGAUUAUAAGCUAACCCACCGCCGUCGUGGCUCGUCAACAUCCCUCUCCAGCUCCGAGACUUUGACUUCGUCCAAGGAGUGCUCUAUGGCUUCCUCGACCGCCGGGAGCGAAGCGGGCGACAUCGAACACGAGUUCUCCCUGGACGGCGAGAAGGGCAUCGAAAAUGUUAUUCACGCCAUAAUUAUUCCCAACUACAAGGAAGAGGUGGACACUCUGAGGGAGACUCUGGACGUCUUGGCUUGCCACCCACAAGCCCGUGAUACCUACGACAUCUACCUGGGCAUGGAAUCGCGUGAACACAACGUCGAACUCAAGGCGAUGAACCUGAUCCAAGAAUUCGUCAAGAAAUUUCGCUCGAUCGAUUUCACCCUACACCCUUCAGAUAUUCCUGGCGAGGCACCUGGAAAGGGUAGCAACAUGGCCUGGGCUGGGCGCAAGCUCAGUGAGAAGUAUCCUGUCAGUAUCCGGAAGGAUGUCAUCAUCACGGGAAUUGAUGCCGACAGCCAUUUGUCCUCCAACUACUUUGCUCUGCUCACCAGCAUGCAUACCGCACAUCCGGAAACUGCUACCACCACCCUAUAUGCGGCCCCUAUCAUCUUUGACCGCAACGCCCACCUUGUCCCAGCUAUAGUACGAGUUGCCGACAUUUUAUGGGCGUCUGCAGGUCUGUCGGGCCUUUACCGUGGCUCGUCUAUUGCCCCUCCUACUUCCGUCUAUUCUCUACCGCUCCAACUGGUCGACAGGGUCGGCGGGUGGGACUGUGACUCGGACGCCAUCGGCGAGGACCUGCAUAUGUAUAUCAAGUGCUUCUUUGCCUUGAAUGGAAACUUGACGGUCAGAACCAUUCACAGCCCUGUUAGCCAGAGCAAUGUCAAGGGUGAUGGCGGUAAAGGAGUUGGGAGAAUAUACAACGACAUGAGCGCGCGAUACAAACAGGCUCUUCGACACAUGUGGGGAGCAUUGGACGUUGGUUUUGCUAUGAGGAAAUUUACUGAGCUUUGGCGCGAGCGAAAGCACACCACACGGGCCUUCCGACCACUUCACGUUACGCUCGCCAAUCCCGAAGAUUCAUACAUCCCCCAGGCUCAAAUCGACAUGGACCCAGAACAACAACCCGAAAGUGGUAUUUAUUCAGACGUCGUGACGGAUACCAUCAAGGACGUUGAUUGGCAGCGAACCUUCCUCCUCGGCCAUCGAUUAUUCGAGGCGCAUUUCUUGCCACUCCAGAUGACCUUCUUGGUUGUUACUUCAACGCUGUACAUGUUGAUUACGGAAGGCGGCGCUGACCCCCAUAACGUGGGAUGGAUCUUCAAGAUUUGCAACGUUCUUAGGACCGUCGGCUUCAUGGAGGUCGGUUUACUCUUGUGCUUGUACGAGCGCUUCCAUAAGAUUUCUGCCUCCACCCGCGAAAGGGAGAUGCAGGAAGCUGGUCUUGCGAAAGGCAUGUGCUUCUCUCACCGCACCCUCAAGGGCAACUUUGUCGACUACAUCAUGGUACCCCUUGUUGCGCCGCUCUAUGGUGCCGCCCCUGGCGCCCACGCCCAAUUCAUGCACUUCUUCACCCACGAUCUGGUGUACACAGUCAGCAAGAAGGUCACUCGGCAAAGGGCAAAAUCAUUCAUCGCAGACGUCCUUUCAGUAUAG